AUGCUUAGCCCCGGUCCAAGCUACAUCUCUAGCCGCUCCGCCGACGUGAUACUCUCAGACGUCCGUCCGAUUAAACUCGCCUAUGAGGCCCUACAAGCCGUGAACGUCCUGUUGGACGAGCUGCUCUACACGAUUCUGAACGAGGCCCAAUCGCUGGCAACUGACAAGCUCAAGGCGUCGCUUCUGAAGGUCAUCCCAACCAAUCUGGGCAAGGAAGCUUUGUUGGAAGCCGAGGUCGAGCUUAAAGCAUAUCUGGAGCGUAACACGUCUUCAUCCACAUCUGGAAGCCGUGCUGGGGGGCCGUUUAGUCUGCAGUGGGCUUUUGAGUUGCUACGCCUCAAAUGCGAGGCCUACUCGACUAUGAAUGACUCGGAUGAGGAUGGAGAGGCGGAGAGGCGGCUAAGUGAGAGGAUGAAGGGCAGUAAUAUGUCGCCGCCACAUCCGUCGGAGGUAGCCCCGGCUGCGCUAUACCUCACUGCGAUCCUCGAGUCUAUAUGCGAGCAUGUUCUCGGCAACAUCAGCAGUGUUGCCGCGCGCGACAGCAGUCGUACUGUAGCGACUUCACAAGAUAUAUUCACUGCAUUAUGUGAAGACGAUGCAUUCUAUGGCACGUUCAAGACGCUGAAAGUCUACGAGCAAAUCGAACAGCUUUCGAAGGCUCCAAGGCCACGUCGCAGCAAGUCCUUCUCACGCGGUAGCGACCGGGCUGGGACCCCGACCUCCCGUACGCAAUCAGCCACCCAGGCGGAGUUGGCGGCACUCCGAGACGGUGCGUCGACGCCUGCACGGACGCGCAUGUCGAUGGAGUCGUUGAGGUCCAACUCAACGGCAAUGGCGGCAGCGCCUGUAGAAAGCCGGACGUCGAUGGAGCGAGGGAAGAGCAUCCGGAAGAAGUUCAUGACGCAUAGUCGGUCGUCAAGCGAGAAAGAAGCAGACAGCCGCAAUUCAAUGAGCGAAAGCGCGCGGAGCCGAGCCUCCGGGGAAUUCGAGGAGGACGAAGAACUCGCGCACGAGUUCGACGAGCUCAUGCGGUCUGGGAGCACCGUGAAGGUUUCGCUCACCCCCGACAGGCUUAGAACGAUGGAAGUCUUCAACAGGGAGCGAACCCAGCGUGCGAAACAGACGCGUGAGCCGGAGUCCCAAAUUUCGGACAAGCCAGCUGGUACGGAAGGCGACGCCCACGCGCUCCCUUCAGAGCGUCCGCGCGCACCUGCCAGUGCUGCUCGUCCUCUGCCACGCCGUGUCGACAGCAUCGUUGAAGACGAAGAGGAAUUCACCCAGGCCAGCUCCACAACCAUCACAUCCGCUACCGUGGUCACAACUGAGCCGCCCCGCAUGCGACAGGCUAGCAAGAGCUUCACGAGCAGCUCUGCCCCAUCCUCUGCUGCUGCGCGCUACCGGUCUAUCUCUAUCUCAGACUCCCCUCACCCUCGACACGAGUCGCGCAGGUCGCAGGAUCGGCUUCCCAAUGGCAUGCCCGCCAACCUCACGGCGAUCAACACUCAAAAGCCCUCCCGCCAGCCCUCCAAAAGCAACCCAACGGGCAUGCCGACGCGUACGAAGAAGGUCGCGCGGCACCGCGAGUCGUUGGAUCUAGAUGACGUGAUGAAUGGGUCGGGCGAGGAGGGAGAGGAGGAGGAGGUUCCGAUCCCGUCGCUACCACCACCACCACCAAGGACGCCCUCACGCACUGCUUCUGCCGCCCCUACGCCGAUAUCCCCUGCGAAGCCUCAGUCUCCCCACGUAUCGGCGUCGGCGCGCGAACUGAUCGCGUUCUUGGACGAGGGACCCCCUGAGGAGCCGGAGUCUCAGAGGAACUCCGUGGCGAACGCGAGUGUCAUCUCGUUUGAAUCGUCGAAGACAGCUCGGACGGGCAAGCUCUCACGCAUGAUGUCGAAGCUCACCAUUGGCAACGGGGGAUCCCAGGAGAGGCUCAACGGGCGAUACGGCGAUGACCCUCCGAAGACGCCUCGCUCACUCGGGCGCAAGCCCAGCACCAACUUUGGGCCACCGACCGCGUUCAAGUCCUCCUUGUCGUCCAAGCGGUCGUUCCCCAAUGUUGUGGUCAGUCCACCGCGCGUCGCCCCUCAUCACGGUGACGGUACUCAGACGCCGACACCACCGCAGUCAAUCUCGUCGAGCACACGCAUGGUAUCACCAUCCCCCACGAACUCCACCGCUCCCUUGAAUCCCCGGACGGUAUCUGUCGCAUCCUCGACGUCGGACGAGUCGCAUGCGCUUUCCCCUCUUCGUAAUGGUAGCGUGCGGAAAACAUGGGACGAUCACGGUUCCGAGGUGUCGAUGUCCCGUAACGGCUCGGUGAACAGCCAGAGCCAGGGGUCGAGAGUGAGUCAUCGCCUCCAGGUGGUGAACGGCGACAUGCGCGAGGACGAGCACGGUCCACUUACCGUAAAGACGAACGGGCACGUACCGAUCAUCAGCCCUGUUCCUAGGAGCAACGACGACAGAGUCGUCUCGCCUAGCACGCCACGCCGCUCUCCCAUCCCGCGCAAGCCUCCGCCUUCGCCUAACCCACAAGAAAACGGACAUGCGCCUGCGAAGGACCCAUCUCAGCGCUCCCGUAAGCCCUCGACGUCCCCUGCGCCUGCUCCUGGCAUCGCUGCGUCCGAGGUCGCCGACCUCCGUCAAUAUUUGUCGAAGGCUCAGACAGCGGACGAGUGUCGUCUGCUUGUUGACAUGUUCUUUGCGAGCCACGGUUUCCCGGCGAAGGCCCUCAGCGACGACGAAGUGCCUUCACUCCCCGAGCUCCCCCUUUUCAUGUCUCUGAGUGAGCUGGAAUCCUCAUACGUUGAGUUGUUUCUCAGCGGAGAUAGCAUAGGCUUCCCCAGCCUCGCAGACGAGACAUCCAGCGACGGGUCUUCGGCCUCAAGUAGGGACUUCCUUUCGCCUUCUUCUGAGCCCAAUGCUUCUCCUGCUCCUUUCCUUGAGACUGUCCAAGAGUAG